GCGGAACUAUGAUAGCAACUGGAGGUGUUAUAACAGGACUGGCAGCCUUAAAGAGGCAAGAUUCAGCCAGAUCCCAGCACCUUCUCUCCCGCCCUACAUCUCCACCUCCUGAGAAGAAGCCUGUAAGACGUCGACCAAGAGCAGAUGUUGUGAUUGUUAGAGGAAAGAUUCGACUUUACUCUCCAUCUGGAUUCUUUCUGAUUUUGGGUGUCUUGAUUUCUGUAGCAGGAAUAGCCAUGGCAGUACUUGGUUACUGGCCUCAAAAGGACACAUUUUUAACAACGGAGCUUGCUUUAGAAGUUAAUAAAACAGAAAUACUUAGAGAAACUGGGAUGAUGGUAAGAUUUUUUGAGCAACAUUUGCAUUCUGAGAAAAUGAGAAUGUUGGGUCCUUUCACAAUGGGUAUUGGAAUUUUUAUCUUUAUUUGUGCAAAUGCUAUACUUCAUGAAAAUCGUGAUAAGGAAACAAAAGUUAUUCAUAUGAGAGAUAUAUAUUCAACUGUUAUUGACGUUCAUAGCACGAGAAUCAAAGAACAGAAGCAUCUCAAUGGAGCUUUCUCAGGCUUUUAUGGGGAAGCCGAGUUUCGUCAUUCUGAUAACCCUUGUGCAUCCAAAUUGGCCGCCAAUACUAUUGCAUCUUUUCCUGGAAGCUACAGGAGUUGCAGUUCUAUUGAUGAUGAAGAGAGCUUUCCCCGGGAGAGUAAACAUUUUACAAAUAUUCUGCCUCCACUUCUAAUGGAACGGUCAGGCUCAGUGUUUGGACUUCAUAGCCAUUCUAACAGAAGUGGAGAUGAUAAAAAUAGCAGCUCCAAGAAAUGUGAAACUAAAUCUAUAGUGUCAUCUUCAAUCAAUGCUUUCACAUUGCCUGUAAUAAAACUGAAUAAUUGUGUUAUUGACGAGCCUGAUAUAGAUAACAUUACAGAAGACUCUGAAAUCAGCAGUAGCAGGCCAAGAAAAGUAUCAAUGGAUUCACUAUUACCUUUACCAGAUGAUGGAAACAAACAAUAUAAACCUGCCAAUAUACCUUUAUCACGUAGCUGCUCUAUAAUGGAACCACUCAGAUGUGACUCUUCUUUAGCUCCUGCACCAAAUAAUGGAAAGCUUUUAUCCCCAGGUGCCGCUCCAAAACAAUUUGGAUCCAACACUUCUUUGCAUAUUUUAUCUUCACAUUCUAAAUCUUUAGACUUAGACAGAGCUCCUUCUACGCUUGCAGUUCAAGCUGAACAAAGAAAGCAUCCAAGCUGGCCUAGGCUUGACCGCAGUAACAGCAAGGGGUACAUGAAACUUGAGAACAAAGAAGAUCCAAUGGACAGGUUGAUUGUGCCCCAGGCUCCUCCAGCAAAAAAAGACUACACAAACAAGGAAAAACUGCUCAUGAUCUCAAGAUCACAUAAUAACUUAAGUUUUGAACAUGAUGAAUUUUUAAGUAAUAAUCUUAAGAGAGGUACAUCAGAAACAAGAUUUUAA